AUGUUCCGCACCGCUCCUCGCAUGGCUGGAUUUGUGUUCCGUGAGAACCGUGUCCCCUAUUACCAGCGUCUCUUCCAGAAGCACGACGGCAAGCGUCAGUGGUAUAAGACCGAGCGCAGCAACUACAUCAUGUACCCUUACCUCAUCUCCGUCUAUGGUCUCGGCAUUGCUACCACCUAUGCCAUGGGCCGCAUGGUCUUCGGCCACAAGACCUGGUUCGGUAAGGAGUAA